GCGGUGCAUUUCGGUGUAUUUCUCGCGCCAUUUCUGUCGCAUUUGCGAUUUCGCAUCAGUCACUAUACUAGGAAGCAGGAAGAGAAUAGCCUUAUCGUUGGUUAGUGUGGGCAGCUUUCGUAUAUGUGGUUUUGUCCUGAUACAUGCAAAUCAACUACAACAAUGGCUUCUCGAGACCAACCCAUUAUUGGAGGCAAGUUCCGGAAAAGACCUGUGACAUCUGUGCUUCAAGCCUUUACCCAUCAGCAACUCGGUUUUCGAUCAUACCAACAUAUAUGGCAGUUGCCCAGCUCUGUUAUGGAAAUGAUGGAUGAAAAGUUGAGCAAGCAUGGUAUGCCACAGCUUCUAAGCAAAAUUAAUGAACUGAGCAGGCAGGGUAAGUCAAAGCACAAAGAGUUGCUUGAGUUUCUAAAAAUGCUGUUAAAGAAACUUUCAAAUCUUGAUUGCCUGCGUAGGGCAUAUUCAGAAGGGUCAUCACAUGACGUCUUGAAGGAAAAUUGUCAGAUCAUCCUAGAUUUUGAUGGUAUCAACUUGAUAUUGGAGAUUCUCAUGAACACAGCCACACUGCCAUGGUCGAAGUAUUCUUCGUGUGAAAACAGUGAGGAGUUGCUGAUUAAAAAUGUAUGCCUGGACAUCCUCAGGAGGUUCUUCCUUCUUGUGGAAAAGUUUGGUGAAAAGUUGCCUUACACAAGUGAUAUUCUCAACUACCUGUUCACACUUCUUGUUUAUCCAAAUGCCCAUGUGAAUGCGGCACACGUACUUGAGCUUAUUCUGAACAGUCACAAGGAAAUGCUCGACCUAAACACAGUACCCAAUUUGAAAGAAUUAAUUUCGGUCAUGGAUGACAAAGCUCUGUCAAAUUUCUGCCAAAUACUCUCUGUAACAAUCUCUGACCUCGAUACGUAUGAACACAAGUCUUCACUGUAUCAACAAAACAAACAGAAGCGCAGCAAAGGCUUCUUUGUGAUGCGAGACAUAAACCAGGAGUGUCUCAUGUCUAUCCCAGAUCUUCUUCCUCGGCUAGUGCACAUUGUUGAAACCACACCGUACCAACCACGGUAUCCAGCAAUCACCAAUGAGCUUGACACGUGGAUGCAAUGGAUAGAUAAUCAGAUGGCCGAGGAAGAUGAAUCGGUUGACGUAGAGUCUAGUCUUGACGAUUUCAUUGGUGACUCUGUCAAUCUCUACUGUGAUGAUCCUCAGAGUAUCAUGCAUCACAGUCUGAAAAUGGCAACGCAUGUGAUACAUCGGGUGGAGGUUUUCUACGUUUUGGGGCUGUUCCUUGUCGGAAAACAGAGGAAGAAGGUACAAAAACAGCUUGCAGAGCUAAAACUGAUUCCGACACUAGCAGACAUCUUCGACAACUUCAUCUGGAAGUGUACAAGUGGGAAGAUUGGCACAAGGCGACUACGGGGUCACAAUAGCAGCUGUGAGUGUAGCCCAGAGGUAGCAUUGAAGAUACAGUUCCUGCGUCUUGUUCAUAGCUUGUGUGAUCAUUCGGAACACAAGCAUCUCCUUCUGUCCCGCACAGAAUUGACAGAACUUAAGAAGUUGAACGAGGGGGCUGGAAAAUCGAAAGUGGAAAACUUUGAUGUUCCCGAUAAGUCCCUGAUGUGUCGAGGGACCAAGGGCUUGUUAACUAAAAUCGUCGAGGUGUUGAAAAAGGAGCCAACAGCAUCGACGUUCCGGUUCUGGUUGGCGAGAGCUGUAGAGAGCUAUCUGCGUGGCUCGACGUGCUAUGCCGAUCAGAUGUUCUUACUGAGACGAGGACUGCUGCAUCACGUCGCAGGAAACCUGAUCGAAAAUGACGUCAGGCCGAAAGAGAUUCUACAGAGCAGCUUUGACCUUCUGGGUGAGCUCAUCAAGUUCAAUGCUGAUGCCUUCCGGCAAUUUGAGCGGGUGGUGUGCACGGAUGUCAAGUUCAAAAAGCUUGUGGAGAUGAUCGAGCGUAACCUGGUGGACUCGAACAUGUUUAUUCGCAGCCUUAUCUUGUCGCUAGAGCACCUACAGACCGAAAUGAGCACAGAGUACAACUUUCUUUUCCAAGAGGAGAAUCGCCUGCUCGAAUACAUCUGCAAUUUCAAGCAGCAGGUGUCAUUCCUGCAGAGACUCAUCACGAUAAUCAACGUCAAGUCGUUGACGCAGGAGAACGUCAGCUGUCUGAACACGGCUCUCGUCUUCCUCAUGUUUGCACACAAGAAUGGUAAAAUGAACUCCUAUCUGGCAGCCCUUAAGCAAUGUGCUGUGCGCGUGGGCGAGAAGAAUCUGCUUGCAAACUUCAGAGACCUGCUUGUCUUUUGGCAAGAUCACUACCUGCAUAAGGACAAGGACUGUAGUGCACUUGAAAAGAGCUCCCGCAUCAAGUUCGAAACGUGGAAAGACACAGUGACCAUGAUGCUAUCCACCGAUCAAAAGCAAGGAACCUCUAUAGUGCAUUAUCUGCCUGAGCAUGAUUUGCCUAGAGACAACUAGUCAGUGGAUCUUAAGGAUUUCUGAACUUGUUAGGAGAAAUAUAGGCAUCUUUCGGGAGACAGUUGAGGUGUCCGUAUGAAUGUGGUUCAGUUCCAAAGGCAAUAGUUUAAAAUCACUGCACUGUGGUUCUUAUUUCUUCAAUGCUAAUUUUUUUUAAAUGAGGUGGCUAUUGUGAAAAUUCCAGAUCUGCCGGUGUGUGAAGUUCAUUUUAAAUUGUGUUUGAUUUCACGUAGUAAAUGUCUUUUUAUGCAUGAAUUAUAAAUGUGUAUAUAGUGUAUUGCAUUGCACCAUAUGUUUUAUAUAACUGUACAUUGAAUUUAGACUGACUUAUUCUGCUUUGCAGAUAUCCUAAUCUUGAUAGCAGCGUGAUUUGUGCACAGUAAUACAGAAUCAAGGUUUAGUCUUGUUCGCACCAUUGCAUACCUGAAGUAAUUGAGCUGGAGAGUGAUUGUAGAAUUUGUAGGCAAUUAUUUAAAAAGUUGGAUUGUUUGAUCCAGGUGUUAUACUUUAUACAACUAAUGAAUUAAUGGUAUAACUAUAAAAAGCUUUAUGCUCCAUGUGUUUUUAAUAAGCAUUUAUUUAGUUUUGAUGGGAACUAGACCAGAGGGAUGCUGAUAUGGUCAACAGUAAGAUUUUAUGACUAGUUUCAUGUGUAAAUUAUGCAUUUUAUUGGAAACGUGUAUAGGCUUUGCAGAGUAAAUUAAAUCUCAAAUAAAUAUAGAUGUAUAAAACAAUGGCAA